AUGAAACAUCUAUUUUCAACGAAAGAUGAAAACGAUGGAAAGGCAAGAUUGUCGUACGAAGAUGCCGAAGAAAUAGUGAUUGACUACAUCCAAGCUUCUGGAAUGAAAUGUUCCGAAGACAUGGUGAAAUCAAUUCGAGAUGGAAAGUCGAUCGACUUCAAUGCGAUCGCUCCAACAUUGAAUGCUCCAACUCAAACUGAAGCUGUUGCAAGAGAAACAGAGAUGGCUCAAAACAAGAUUCUCUAUUCUGC